AGACAGCGAACAAAGAGGAAAAGAAUGCGCGAGUAGCAUGCAUAGACCAAGUUUCAGUUUUGAGUUAGACUCAGUCUAGUGAUUUCAUAGUAACAAAAGCCACAUAUCUGCAUGAAAUAUAGUAGAAAGGCGAUAUUAAUGAAGUAGACAGCUAUAAGUAGUUGUUAGCCGCGAGGAGUAUUGUUUGCCGCAAGUGUUUCCCGCGGAGAAACAGAAUUUUACACGCAGGAAGCAAAAGCUCCUAGGAAAGUAAAAUCAUGGAAGUCGACGAGGAUAACAGUCGGCCGGCGCUGAAGGCCUCCCCGGGCGACGAUAAAAUGGGUAUGACAACCUACAGCACGAACGCCAGCCUGGCUCCCAGCCCCAAGGAUUCCGACCGCAUGUCGGACGUGCAAAGUCAAGGUAGUAUGCAAUUUGGCAGAGUUCGACGCGCCCCCGCGUGUUUGAUCUGAUGUAGAAGUUACAAACAAAAUUACAGAAAUUCUUCAAGAACAACCGAUCUGAGGUGGUCUGACAGGAGAAGAUAUACUACAAAAAAAAAUCUCGUUCCACAACGAACUACAGGCUCGAUCGCCCCACAGGGAAGCGUGUCCACCGCUCUUUCCGCGGGGACCUUCGUGCAGCCGCCCGUCGUGGAGCGCGUGGGCGAUACCGGGAAAGAGAAGCCGAGCAAGGAAAAAAAAUCGGUAAAAUUCACGCCUUCAGCUGAAGCCGGCGGGGGGAGCAGUUCGUCGAGUAGCAGCAGCACCAAUUACAACAGCCACGUAGUUCUUGCGCCCGUGCAGAAGACGUCGACGCCGCACCCGCAGGGCGGCAGGAGCUCCAGUGCGGUGCAGGACUCGGGGCCCACCGCGCCCACGCAGCGGGUGAACGCGGUGUGGGGGGACUACAAACAUCCGGAGUUCGCAGUGGCCUACUUGGAGCUGGGCCAGAACUUCCCGCCCUCCCGGCCGGACGGGAAAACCAAGGGGUCCUGCGACAAGCACCCGAACCGGUGGUACAUUUUGGAAAACCCACUCGACAAAACCAUCUACAAGCAGCAGCUGGGGGAGUCCAAAGGCAAGGUGCCAAACGUGGCAGAUGCCGAAAUCAAAGACAAAAUCGUGCUGGGGAGAAACAAAAGGUACACAGAUAUUUUGAAAUCUUGUUCUGCAGCAUAAUUCCGGUGCUUUCUGUAGUUUUUUUUUCGUAUCACUGCUAAAACGGGUGGUGAGACGUCAUCUGGUGUGCAGAGGUGUUCCACAUGUCUGCAGAUAUUCUUACCUUCUUGGAUUGCUUAGCAGUAUGCGGGAGGAUUUUUCCCGCUCACCUUAAGAAGCGCGCGCGCAAUUCUUUUUUUUUCGUAGUGUAAUAGAUACUUGUGCUCUCUAAUAAAUUCUGUCAGGUUUAAAGAGGAGCUCUGUGAGCCGAACGGGUUGUAUUGCGACUGGCGACCUCAUAUCAAGUGCAAAUAUGUCUGGGUCUGGAAAGCUGCGAUGCUGCAUUGUGGAAUAUGAAAGCACUGCCGAAUGCAGCCAAUCAUGACAUCAAGUUUACAGAACGGCUUCUCAUGAGCAGUCCGCAUGAAGAGAAACUGCGUCUUUAUAUGACUGUCAACCCCUCAACGGUUACGACAAUCAACGACGAAGAAACGCGGGCGGUGUGAACACUGGCCAUCUUAAGUUUGAAGUAGAAUCUAGGCGAGAUUCGGCGUUUCUUAGUCGCAGCCAAUCGAUAGUGGUACUAUCGUCACAGCCUGUAAGGGGGUACGCCAUGGGUCCAACAUGAAGGUCCAAACUGUCCAAAAAUUUACUCUAAAUCAGAUCGCGCAUAGCAUGCGAUCCUCACAUUAUGAUUUGAUAUACCAAUCGGGACUUGAAUGCACUCCAUCUUGAUUUCUCUUCAUGAGCAUCGUGAUUGACAUCGUGAUUUGCAUGAAUGAGCAUUCGACUUAGGUCGGAGGAAUUUGUUUGACGUAUGAUCCUGAAGGAUUUCAUAUCUUGGUCUACAAUGACCAAAGAGGCUACGACUUUUGCUGGUCAUGCAACACAGAUUUGACAUUAUGUAUAGGUCAGUAUUAUUUCGAGACCCAGACAAAUUUGCAGUGCAUACCUCCACGCUCAGUUCCCAUGGUUUCCGGCUCACAUCUGGAAAUCACGCGCACACUGGACGUGCACGGCUCCCAUUGGUACCUCACUGACACGUCGACAAAUGGCGUCCUCAUGAACGAUAAACAGAUCGCAAAAGGCGCCCCCAGACCGCUCAGCUCGGGGGACUCCGUCAGCUUCGGGCUUGAAACCACGCUGCCAGAAGGGUAAUUAAUUCUUUACUAUCUGUCAUCCGUGUAUCUAAAAAUCUGUGUUUUUGUAUAGUUCAAUGCUGAGAGCAAUCUGAGAAAUGAAGUUGGAGCCAGUUCCAGCCUUUGCUUGUCAUUGCAAAAAAACAGAUCGAUGAAAAAAAAAACAGCGGCACGGACUACGAGUUCGUUCCCGGGAGCGGGUUGCAAUUCUUUUUCUACGAGGUCGUGAAGGAAAAGGAGAUACAAGAGAAGUACACCUUAUGGAAGUGUCAGAAACGAAAUUGACAAAAUCGAAAAACUUGUGAUGCACAAAUCGAUGCCAGUUAGAUCCACAGUUUGUAGUCGGCGCAUGACAAAUUCCAUCCGUCCCGGAAACGAAUCUGUCAUGCGGCUUAGGGCAAAAGAGCUGCCUUCUCUCAUGCUAGUAAGCAGCCCAACACUGAACCCUUACCAGGACUACAAUCCGCCUUCCUUGCAUCCUCUGCAAUAGAGUCGCGUCUUGCGUAGCAUUUUAUGCAUUACAGAUUAUUUCGAUUUUGUUGAUUUUGAUCCUGACACUCCCAUACACCUUCAAGAAAGAGAUCGGGAAGGGUAACUUCGCGGUGGUCUGGCUGGGUUUUCGAAACGGCAAGGAGGCCACAAGCCAGAAGUACGCGAUCAAGGAGAUCGACAAGUCCAAGUUCGAGAAGUUCAUUUUGAACCGCAACACCACUUUGGAUUUGGAGUGCGAGGAGAAGCUCCUGCGCGAGCUGCACCACCCGAACAUUGUGCAGUUUUUCGAGAUGGUGCCCGAGCAGGAAAAACUAUAUUUAGUGACGGAGUACUGCGAGGGCGGCGAUCUGCUGCAGCGGGUUCUGGAUUACGGGGUGUUCUCGGAGGCCACCACCAAGCGCGUGUUUAACGAAAUCCUGGAGGCGCUGCAGUACUUGCACGACCGGGACAUCAUCCACCGGGACCUGAAGCCGGAGAACAUCCUGCUCACCAACAAGAACGAGGACGCCACCGCCAAGGUCGCCGAUUUUGGGCUCGCGCGGGAAUUGGAGCCGAGCCGGAUCGAGGAGGGGGACCAAAAGGGGAAAAAACCCAGCGAAAAGGACAAUCUCAAGCGGAAGCUGACCACGGCGAAGACCUUCUGCGGCACACCGCACUACUUCGCCCCGGAAAUCAUCAAGACGCAACGGGGGGAGCUGAGAGGUAAUUAUUUGCUUGUCUAGAGUUGCUCCUAUGACAAAAUCAGCACUUUGGGUUUGGGUUUUAUUUGCUGUGGCUUAACAUUGCUUUGUUAGCGGCAAGUUCACAAGAACGCGGAUCGACACGACCCGAAAGCGCACUUUGUUCGCAUGCAUUUAUUACAAAUCUACUGUUAUUUGUUGUAACAUAGAAGAACUUCUUGCACACAGAGAAAUAACUACACCUGCUAUUCCACCUUCAGGUUACGACACCAAGGCGGACAUGUGGUCUGCGGGGGUGAUUUUGUACAUCCUCCUUUCCGCCACCCCGCCGUUUGACGACGAGGGGCUGUACACCCAAAUUUUGUCGAGCGACUACUCCUUCGACGAAGAGGAGUGGAUUCACGUGCCCGAGGAGGCCAAGGACUUGAUCCGUAUGUAGUGUAAAAAUUUCUGGGUCUGGGAGAAUGCAACUUGUGAUGCGCAUUUCAGAACACACAAAAAUCUCUCAUGCAUAGGUAGCAAAAGCUGCUCACUUUCUGUCACCAAAAUGGGGGAUUUGUCAUGCGGGUUCGGCAUUGCGGAAGCUUCUCGAAACCUGUGAUGCUAGAGCCUCCAUGACAGACCUUCUGUGUCAUGCAGAAACAGCAUGACUCUUCCAGACCCAGACAUUUUUACAGUUGAUAAUCCGCAAUCUUAUGCAGCAGGAUCCGGUGAAACGCUACGACGUGUCGCAAACCCAGGGCCACAUCUGGUUCGCGGCAGAGUCGGCCAAGCGGGCGAGGCUGGGGUGAAGGAGAAGCGUUCCGAUGUUGACAGCUGCUCUGUGGUCUCUUUCAGUAUAUUUUCGAACAAGUUUUUAGUAAUACCUGAUUUUUACGACGUCGCUCCUGAAUUUAGCAAAAGAUGGACUCCUCGAAGAAGCACGUGCUGGUGGUGGAGAAUGCAACGCGCGGAUUUUUGUUGGAACGUCAUGAGUGCAAGAAAGUGAUGAGAUUGUUGCAGGCUCGCAGCUCGAGGAAAUCGGAUUGACACAGAAUUUUUGCGUUUUUACUGUAUGAUGUGUGCAGAUGGAAGGAUGGAUGGGAAUAAUCAACGUUUUGAAUUUUUCCUGCCUUUUUUGG